AUGCUGCGACACAACACCAAGUUAAAUCACCAGCAAUAUUGGUCUAACCUAGGCACUUACAGGCAGGCGAAGGAAGCCCUCCCGACACUCAACCCCAACCUGUCGCGGAGGCUGCGACAGCUGAAGCGACCACAGCUCCGGCUUAUGGCUGGGGCCAUGACUGGCCCAUUUUUACCAGAUUUCACAAAACGCAAGCCGUACCAGCGCUGGAUAUUCUGGUCCGACGAACCUCCGAUUUACACAUUCCCGGAUGACUUUCCACAGAACAGAUACAAUUUUUAUAAGCUGGCUAACGUCUUUAACUGGUCUAUGACGUACAGAUCCGAUUCCGACGUCCCGAUCCCAUACGGCCGAACCAUCCCUCUUCUGUACCCGAUACUGGGCGACAUAAACAGCGGAAGAUUGAAGCAGCUCGUCCCAUAUUGGGCACUCAAACAAAUGGAGCCUUUGGUCGCAAUUGUCAUGUCGCAUUUUAUCGAGUAUCGGGUGCGAUUUGUGAAGCAUUUGCAGAGGUUCCUGAAUGUGGACGUGUUCGGGAGUUGCUCGGUUUACGUAAAUCAAACGUUCACGGACAAGUGCCCCGGUCGCUUAGCAAAAGACUGCCCAAUAAUCUACAAAUAUCUAUUCUACCUUGUAAUGGAAAACACCAUAUGCCGCCAAUACAUAUCAGAAAAGAUUUUUCAUAACGCAUACGCAAAAGGCGCCAUACCUAUUAUCAUGGGAACACCAUUAGAAGACUGUAUGAAUAUUUUGCCCCCUAAUUCUUUCCUACAUAUGGAUAAUUUUGCCUCUGUUAGGGAUUUGGCUAGAGAAAUCUAUGCUAUACGUGAUAAUACAAGUAAAUUACUAUCUUAUCACGCGUGGCGAAUGCACUUUGAGACUGUGGAAGAGCAUGGUUAUAUGGGUACUAGGUCUUUAGCUUUGUGUAGACUUUGUGAAGCUCUAAAUUAUAAUGAUAUUGCUAAGAAAGUUUAUGGUAUAGAGGAUAUUAUGUUGUAUUUGGAUCCAGCUGUGUGUUGUUCCAGGAAUCCUUAGUCGAAAUCAUAGUUUUAUG